GCAGAUGAGAAAAGGAUGCAGGAAACUCUGUUGUUUACACAUGUGUCUGUAACACUGAGAAGCAAGAGGAGCCUAGCAAACCCAGAGGGAGUGAAAUUAGAUUAUGAAUCAAAACAUGAAUUUAGGCUCCGUUCAGAAACUAAUGGAAGAGACACAGGUUUUUGGAACCCAAACAAGACAACCUUAUAAAUUAGCUGGAAGUUGCCAACCAGGUGGUCAUCUGUGUAAUUCAAAUAUGCCAUCUCAAACUUUCUACCCAUAUUCAUCUCAUUGCCCAUAUAUGCAUACAAAUUACAGCAGUGAUUGGGAAAUUUUUGAAGCAGUAAGAAUUCGGGAACUGGAAGAAGUCAAAGCCAGAGCUGCCCAAAUGGAGAAGACCAUGCGCUGGUGGUCAGAUUGUACUGCUAACUGGAGGGAGAAAUGGAGCAAAGUUAGAGCAGAAAGAAAUAAAGCCCGAGAGGAAGCAAAACAAUUGAGAAUCAAAUUAGACAGUGUUGUAAAAGAGCUGAGUAUGCUUAAAAAAAUAAAUCAAGAUUUAGUAAGUGAGAAGGAAAACUUAGAAAAUGUAACUGCUUGGAAAACAGAAUUAAGUUGCUCGGAAUUAUCUUCUAUUAAAAAAGACCUAAACCGGUUAAUGUUUCUGGAACAAGAACCUAUGAAAGAACUGAGCAAAACCAGCAAGAUUCGUGGCGCAGAAGACUCAAAGCAGGAUGUAGACGUAAUCAAAGACCAAAGCAAUCACUAUAAAAAAAUCAUUCCAAAGCCUCCUGAUUUCUUUCCCAAUGGAGUUCCCAGCAUCUGUUUGGAACAACCUAAAAAAUGUUUGGACAAUACAGCUAAGACAACAGAGAAUGAUUUAAUACAUGUUUCCAUCUUGCAUUUGCAUUUGACUGAGAUGCAGAAAAUCUUACAGAAGGAAAGAGAAAUGAACAUGUUUCUGGAAAAAGAAAUGGAAAAGAUAGAAAAUGAAUUAUUUCUUUGGAAAUGGAAAUAUGAAGAACUGAGAGAAACCCAGCAAGAAAGCCUGAAACAGCUGGAAAGACUGCAGUUUGAGAAUACCUCUGAAUGGGCAAAGAGAGAGACACUUGAAGCAGAGAAGCAAAGUUUGGAAGAAGAGAACAGAAGAUUGAAGUUACAGAGUAAAGAAACAGAAGAAAGCGAACUCAGGAUUUGGGACCAGAGAAAAUCCCUUCUAUGUUGCUGGAGAUUCUACGAAGACAGUGAGUGAAGGUGCAGGAGAUCAUCAAACAGGCUAACAUUAAAGAGCAAGGACAAAGAACUUACACACUGCAUUAAAACUUACAGGAAAUUUCAUUGAAGAAGUGCAUGCCAGACACAUAUGUAUUCAUUGUUUCUAUGUAUCCCAGAUUUUUUGAUAGGAACCAAGGAAAAUAUGCUAGUGUCUGUGUACCAACUUAGAAUUUUUGUGGACAGAUAUCUGUCCUUCCUUUCCAGUCUUCUUAAUUGCUUUCUUCUAAAGCAAAAGGUAGACUUUAAUUAACAUGACCCACAGUUUACCUUUGGGAAACAAAUACUUCAGAAUGUACAUGGUGUAGGAGAGAGGUUUACAUUCCGUCCUGGGAAGACAAUUAGUCUGAAAUGGAAGUCAAUAGUUUCUUUCUUGUUCGCUUUUGUCUUUUUUGUUUUCAUACAGCAAUGGGCAAAACCCUCUGUUUCUCUUGUUCCUCAGUUCUAUCAGGGUGGCAUGCAUAUUACACCUUUCUUCCAUUUAAAAAAAAGGUAAUAUUUAAAGAAGAAAAGACAUUUUAUUUAAAAUACUCAAAUAUUGUAACUUAUUGUUGUGGUUUAACCUGGCAGGCAGCUAAAACAACCACAGAGCCAUUCGCUCACUGCCUCCCUCCUCUCCCCCCUGCAGUGGGAUGGGGGACAGAAUAAAAAAAGGAUAAAACUCAUGGGUUGAGAUAAAUUCAGCUUAAUAGGUCAGAAAAGGAAGAGAAGAAUGAUAAAAGACUAUACAAAACAAGUGAUGCACAGCACAAUUGCUCACCUCCCGCUGACCAGUGUCCAGCUAGUUCCCAAGCCAUGACCCUCCCCAGCCAACUCUCCACAACUUAUAUACUCAGCAUGACAUCACAUGGUAUGCAAUACCCCUUUGGCCAGUUUGGGCCAGCUGUCCUGGCUGUGCCCCCUCCCAGCUUCUUGUGCACCUCCUGCAGAAGGCUCAUGCCUCCUCACUGGCAGGGCCUGGGAGCUGAAAAGUCCUUGGCUUAAUUGUAAGCACUGCUCAGCAACAACUAAACCAUCAGUGUGUUAACAACAUUAUGUUCAUACUGAAUCCAAGACACAGCACUAUACCAGCUACGAAGCAGAAAAUUAUACCUGCUGAAGCCAGGACACAUACAUUUAGAUUAAAGAAGUACCCUUUCUUUUUGUGUUUCUUAUAACAUAAUAGAAAUACAUAGAAAUAAUGUAUCUCAAAUUUAUCUUAAUGUGUAUAUCACAUUUUUAUUUAAAUUUGUGUUUAUUAAUUGUCCAUGUAAAAAUUGUAAAUAUCACAUAGGAAGUAACAUGAAUGUAUUAAGAUGAACUGCAAAAGCAAAUUUUGAGAAUUUUGGAAAAUUCUUGAGCUAUAAAAAAACCAGCAAGCUUCAGCCAUCAAGUCAGACACAAAUUAUAAUGUGUUGCUCGUUGUCAUAUAGAGUUGUUAAUGAGUAUAUGCAGAUGCUUUUCACAAAGAUUCUGUGAAUUUGCUCUAAUUGCUCAGCUCCAAGAGCAUUCUAGUUGUAUUUAAAUCCAACAGUAUUUCUCCUGCCACUAACAUAUUUCAUCUGCUUCUAAGCCUGAUUCAGAGAUUGUGUGAUGUCCUCUUGAUUUCUCUUGUAAUUUACCUAGGACCAUACACAGAGAAGCAAUUAUUUCCACAGUUGGUAACUGAGCUAUGAAAAGCUUUGUGAAGAGAGGGUAUGUACAGUUAAAAUUUGCUUAGAUUCAAGUGCACGUUGGUCAAGUUCAUGAAUGGAAAACAUUAAAGAUUAUUAAUUACAUAGGAAUCAUGUUUUGCCCAGGAAUUCCCUGAGCUGCAGGUGGUUGGAGGCUGGGAUCGGCCAGUGGGCUUUACCUGUCUUAGAGCCCUCCCUAAGCACCGGCUUUGGGCCACUGCUGGAGAUGGGAUGUUAAAAUAGAAGGACUUGUGUUUUGAUUACCUUCUUCUGUUCUUAACGUUCUUUCAUGUUUACAAAUGCUGACCUAAUCCCAGCCAUUAUCUCUUAGGAUACAGUAAGGGAUACAUGAUGAAGGGAUGCUGUCUUUCUCUGUUGCCAGUAGCUGAUACAUGAGUUUGUCAACAAGGUACAACGAUACUGUGAGACCGUUUAUUUUUAAAUGAAGUGUAAACAUUUAAAACUUACAGGGAUUGAUAAGAAAAUAAGAUUCGUAUACUUUUUUUUUUUUUUAAUCCAAACUUCCUCCCUUGCUUAGCUUACGGGCUCAAGGUUUUAUGUUACACAGAAGAUCUCUGGCCUUGUUCCAUUCAUUAUGAAAUGACACACUGACUUUCUCUAAAACUCCAUCUGCUUUUCCUAUGCCAGCAUCUUCAUGACACCCCAGUGUCCAACAUAGCCAUAUUGAAAAUGACAAUGUGCACAAUAGAAAUGGAAAGUUCAUAAUUAUUGAUUUUCAAACACUAUAACAGCCAAAUGUGCUUCUAUAGUUACACUGAAGCACUUGAAAAUGCAGUAAUGCCACACAACAGCUUACUGAUAAAAGCUUGUAUCAUUUAGAUAAGCUUUAGAGACAAGCCUCCCCACCACCCCCCCCCCCCGCCCUUUUUUUUUCUCUGACAAGCCAUUAGAAAUAUGGAUCUUUUAGAGAUAAAGCCCUAGGGUUUCAGCAAUUGGGUAAAAUCUCUUUAAGCUCCAGGGUCUCUUUUCAGCCCACAGUAAUAUCUGUUGCUAAAAAUCAAGCUGAAUAAUUUUAUGAGUUACUGGGGAAACUAGGAUUCUGUCUUUCCCCCUCAGUAUCUUCAAACAUGUAAGAAAAACAAAUAAUGUUUAAUUGGUGCUGGAGAACAUUUCUGCGCUAACAGCUUGGUAGUGUAGCGUGGCUGUUGAUGGAAAUCAACAGUUAGAAGCUAGUUUCUGCUGCUCUGUCUAGCUUUACCAUAUAAAUCUUUAGUACAUGUUCACUGUAUUAUAAUACCCAGCAGGUGUGAUAUACCUGGCUAGUCCAAAAGCCAUGGUGGCAUCAUCAGAUGAUGCUAAUUUUAAAAUUUAUAUUUCAGUAUAUCAAUACAGUAUCUUUUCUUUCUUAUGAGGAAAUUAGUUUCUGAUGGGGUAGUUAAUACUCACAUUUAUCCCACACACUUCUUUGUAAUCACUUUAUUGAUCAUAUUUUAAUUUCAAGUGCUUCUUAGUACGGCUAUUUAAGUUUUGUUGCAUGACUGUGAUAGAUCACACACGUUGCUUUAAUUUCUCAUAAUUUCUCCCCAUUCUGUGAGUAAAAGAAAAAUCAGCUACUUCCAUUAAGCACAUAAAAUAUUUAUUUCAGCAACUAUAUACACAGAGAAAUUUGGAGUUCUCUGUGAAGAAUUAAACCCAUAAAGUAGUCACUCGAAAGUAAGUCAAAAUAAGACGAUACGUGAUUGCACUGACUGCAGUUGAGAAUGUCAGAAUAUGUUAAUUUAUGACCUUUUCAUCAUAAUACUAGAAUGUCUCCUGAUCUUAAAUAUACAUCUGUGAUAUUUGCCAUAUACCAGAAUUCCCAUGCAUUGCUCUUCACAUUUUACACAUGGGAAGUGAAGACACACAGAUUUGUGCAGAAGUGACUUGCUCGAAGUCACUAAGGAUAAAUAUGGGAAAGUCAGUAAAACUCCUAACCUUAAAUCUAGUUGCAAACCAUUGAGCUGUUCUUCAUCUCUUAGAGACAGUGAUAUGAGUGGUGCCUAGAAAAGUGGAUUGCCCCUGGAAAAACUUCACAAAAUCUAGUCGUCUUUGUUUUCAUUUUUAGGAUGACAAAUAGCAGGGAUGUUUUAUGUGGAUCAGUUUCACAAACUGAUUAUAAACACAGUAAUAGAAAGGCCUACAAAUAAUUUUCACAACUGGCAAGUUCCAUUAAACUUUGUUUAAUACCAUAAAAGUGUAUAUUAUUUAAUAUUGGUACAAAUGCAGAAAGAUAGGAAAGAAUGAUUUAUGUGCUCUGGUGGUCAUCUAGUAGUUGAUAGGGAAACAGUGGUUAACACUGUGUUAUACUUCCUUUUUCCUAAAUAAAGCGCUACUUUUCUGAGAGACGUCUCAAUCUCCCUCUACAGUACUUUUGUAAACACUAUACAUGCUAAAACAAUGUGUUCUUAUUCCACUGUUCAGUGAUAAACAGUAGAGAAUAGCUGUGAAGAAGAUAUGACUAGUCCUGAGCUCUGCCUCCAGGAGGAUGGGAGUUAUCAGUGUUUCAUUAAAACUGGUGACUGUUUUCCUACUGAAAUCUCUAUACAUUUAUUCCCCAAGUCCCACUGUCUCCAUGACCUCCAUGCCUAAAUCUUACCACAAUUGAAGGGUUAUCUCAGAGUAACCCGUCUAUUUUCCUCAUUUUAAGGGAAAAAAAUCCUCCAAUACUAAAUAUAAAAAUAUUUCUCAGAAACAACAAAGAUUCUUGGAUGCCUUUUACUAUUAAAGACUUUUUAUCACAUGACUUCUGGAAGAAGGUAAGGAAUUUUAUUCCACUGAAACCAAAAAAGGUAUAUUGAUAUUUUUGUACAAUCUAAAUCAAAAUGAUCUAAAAUUCAAACACUAAUUUCAAGGGAUAUUCUCAAUAUGUUCAGCAAAUAUAACUAUGUUAGACUGCAAAUGUGAUUCAGUUGCUAGUUUAAUCAUGAAUAGAAUAUUUUCCAGGCAAUGCCAUUUCAGGGGCCAAUUGAUUGUAAUUAGAAAAGGGCCAUGAAAAACUGCAUAUGCUAAGAUAGGAUAAAAUAAUUCUUAAGGUUAUUAAAAAUUGAAAGGAAGAAAAUGCAGAUAAGAAAAGGACAAACAAAGCCAUGCAACUUAUCAUUUAAGCUUUAGGGUUUUUCUUUGUAAGACAAUCUAAAACAAAGAAGUAUUAGAAUACCAUCAAUCAGUGAACUCAUCAGAAGAUAAAAGUGGAUUUGCUAAUCUCAUUAACUGAACAAAAUGCUAUGAUACAGAUACAAUAGACUAUAUUUCUGUUAAUAAACAAAUGCUUUUCUUCCAGUCAGAUAAUCAAUAAAAA